CAACACAGUCGUUCCAUGAUGAAAUUCGAGAGUGGUUACACUGUGGAAACAGUAUUCGAUGGAAGCAAGCUUGGAAUUGAGCCACACUCAGUUGGAAUAUCUCCAAAUGGUGAAUUUGUGGUUCUUGAUUCUGAGAACAGUAACAUCUACAAGUUCUCAAGCUUAGUGUCCAGAUAUAGCAGACCCAAACUGCUUGCUGGAUCACCUGAAGGGUAUAUUGGACACAUAGAUGGAAGGCCUAGAGAAGCUAGAAUGAACCACCCUAAAGGGCUUGCAGUGGAUGGAAGAGGGAAUAUUUACAUUGCAGACACAUUGAAUAUGGCCAUUAGAAAGAUCAGUGAUGAAGGUGUUACCACAAUUGCAGGAGGGAAAUGGGGCCAUGUAGGAGGCCAUGUUGAUGGUCCAAGUGAGGAUGCUAAGUUUUCAAAUGAUUUUGAUUUAAUUUAUGUUGGUAGUAUGUGCUCUCUUUUGGUGGUGGAUCGAGGAAACCAAGCAAUUAGAGAGAUUCAACUCCAUCAAGAUGAUUGCACUACUUAUGAUGAGUAUGAAAGUAAUUUCUACUUAGAAAUAGCGUUGCUUGUUGCUGCUGGAUUCUUUGGCUAUAUGUUGGCAUUACUGCAGAGGAGAGUGAGGGCUAUGUUUUCUUCUCCACAAGAUCCAAGAGCUCCUUUAAGGAAAGAUACACAAUUUGCAGCACAGCAAAGGCCUCCUCCCAAGUCAGUCAGGCCUCCUUUGAUCCCAACAGAAAAUGAAUUUGAGAAACAAGAUGAGGGCUUCUUUGUUUCUCUUGGAAGGCUUUUCCUGAACUCUGGCUCAUCUAUGGGUGAAAUUUUGGGGGGCUUGUUCUCAAGAUCCAAAAGUAAACCACUCCAAUAUCAUCAGUACCAGCAGCAGCAACAACAACACUACCAGUAUGCAAACAAACAUUCUAAUGCUUGGCCCAUGCAAGAGAGUUUUGUCAUUCCAGAUGAAGAUGAACCUCCUUCUAUAGAAACUAGAACUCCUACAAAUAGGAAAUCCUAUCCUUUCAUGACCAAGGAGCUGGAAAGGCCACAGCAACACUACAAGCCAACUCGGGCUUACUUGAAUGGUGAUUAUGAUGAACAUCAACAACAACAACAUCAUCAUCAACAACACCGUUAUCCCAAGCUGCAACACCAGGAGCAACACCCCCAUUAUUCUUCCAACUCACAAAGUUACUAUGAGCAGAACCGUGAGACAAAUGAGAUUGUGUUUGGUGCAGUUCAAGAACAUGAUGGAAGACGUGAAGCCAUGGUAAUAAAGGCUGUAGAUUAUGGUGAUCCAAAAUACAGUAACCACAAUAUCAGACCUAGAUUAAAUUAUGUUGGUUACUCCUCCAAUGGUUAUUGA